AUGUGUGGUAUUUUUGCCUACGUAAACUAUCUGGUCGAAAAGGACCGACGCCAGAUUAUUGAUAUCAUCACCACUGCGCUCGGUCGUCUCGAGUAUCGUGGCUAUGAUAGUGCUGGCAUCACUGUUGACGGCGACACGGAGCAGGAUGUCAUGAUUUUCAAGCAGGUUGGCAAAGUCCAAGCACUUCGCAACCAUAUCAACGAAGCACCCAUUGACUUUGCUAGAACGUUUGUCUCCCAUACUGGUAUGGCCCAUACGCGCUGGGCUACCCACGGCCCUCCUUCGCCGCUGAACUGCCACCCUCACCGUAGCGACGACAAGGCCGAGUUUACUGUCGUGCACAAUGGUAUUCUCACCAACUACCGCGAGCUGAAAAUGGUUCUUGAAAAGAAAGGUUACAAGUUUGAAACGGACACCGACACCGAGGCAGUUGCUGUCCUGGUCAAGUACUUUUGGGACAGCUACCCCGAGAACCGCAAGCCCAACUUCCACACCGUCGUGCGCUGCGCCAUCAAGGAGCUUGAAGGCGCCUUUUCCUUUGUGUUCAAGUCUGUCCAUUUCCCUGACGAGCUUAUCGCUGCGCGCCGCGGCUCUCCACUCCUGGUCGGUGUCAAGACCGAAAAGAAACUCAAGGUCGACUUUGUUGAUGUCCAGCCAGGCAACCCCGCCGACAUUGACGUCGGCCAGCCGAACCUGCACAGCUCCCCUCAGCUCACCCAGUUCAACGACCCCGUGAUUCAGAACAACGGCAGCAUCGACAAGCUGCUUCGUUCGCAGUCGCGUGCAUUCUUGUCCGAAGACGGCGUGCCCCAACCUAUCGAGUACUUUAUCGCUUCGGAUGCGUCUGCCGUGAUUGAGCACACCAAGCGUGUCCUCUACUUGGAGGAUGACGACAUUGCACACAUUGCAGAGGGCGAGUUGCACAUCCACCGUCUGCGUCGCAAUGAUGGCCUCUCUACCACACGCUCUAUUGAGACGCUCGAGAUGGAGCUGGCCGAAAUUAUGAAGGGCCAGUUUGACCACUUUAUGCAGAAGGAGAUUUACGAGCAGCCCGAGUCGGUGGUGAACACGAUGCGUGGACGUGUCAACUUUGACACGCGUCAAGUUAAACUCGGUGGCCUUUCUCAAUACCUCAAUACGAUUCGCCGCUGCCGCCGUAUUGUGUUUAUCGCAUGUGGUACGAGCUACAAUUCUUGUGUUGCAACGCGCGCCAUCUUUGAGGAGCUCAGUGAAAUUCCUGUCUCGGUAGAACUCGCGUCGGACUUUUUGGACCGCAAGUCGCCCAUCUUCCGCGACGAUGUGUGUGUGUUUGUGUCGCAGUCUGGUGAGACCGCUGACACGAUCUUGGCCAUGCGCUACUGUCUUGGCCGCGGUGCGCUUUGUGUCGGUGUCGUCAACACCGUCGGCAGUACCAUUUCUCGCGAGACGCACUGUGGUGUGCACAUCAACGCCGGUCCGGAGAUUGGUGUGGCAUCGACCAAGGCGUACACGUCGCAAUACAUUGCGCUCAUCAUGAUGGCGGUUCAGCUGUCGGAGGAUCGCGUCUCGAUGACUGCGCGCCGCAGCGAGAUUAUCGACGGCCUACACGCCCUCCCGGAGCAGCUUCGUACCAUCCUUGCUGAAGACAAGGCGUUCCAGGACUUGGCGUACAAUGUACUCUUUAGGGAAAAGUCGCUGCUUAUCAUGGGCCGUGGCUACCAAUUCGCGACUUGUCUCGAGGGCGCGUUGAAGAUCAAGGAAGUCUGCUACAUGCACUCGGAAGGUAUUCUGGCCGGUGAACUCAAGCACGGACCUCUUGCGUUGAUCGACGAAUCGAUGGCUGUGAUCCUCAUCAUGACCAAGGACUCUCUUUACCCCAAGGUUCAGACAGCCUUGAGCCAGGUCUGUGCGCGCAACGGCCGCCCAAUUAUUAUCUGCAAUGAGGACGAUGAGAACGUCGCUGCUGGCGCGCGUGCUAUUCGUGUGCCGCAAACUGUCGACUGCCUGCAGGGACUGCUAACUGUUGUGCCUCUUCAGCUUAUUUCAUAUCAUCUUGCUACCGCGAGUGGCGUUGAUGUGGACUUCCCUCGUAACUUGGCGAAGAGCGUCACUGUCGAGUAA